AUGAAUCGUCGAAAUUCAAACGACACAUCGGAAAUCGACGUCUUUUGUGGCACGGAUCAGGAAAAAUGAAUUUCGCCGGAAUUUUGGGUCAAGGACUUCGAAUUGCGCCACCGGAGGCUCCAGUUUCUGGAUAUAUGUUCGGAAAGGGCGUCUAUUUUGCUGAUAUGUUCAGCAAAAGUUUCUUCUAUUGCAGGGCCAACGCCAAAGAAGAAGCAUAUCUUCUGCUCUGUGACGUGGCACUCGGCAACGUGCAACAGUUGAUGGCUUCGAAGAAUGUUUCGAGACAAACUCUGCCAGCAGGCUUCCAGUCUGUGCAGGGAGUAGGCCGCCAAUGUCCACGAGAAAUUGGAAGUUACAAGAAUCCGGAUGGUUAUACCGUUCCACUGGGCCUCACUUACAUGCAACUUCAAGGAAAACAGAAUGUCGAUUAUCACUUGCUUUAUAAUGAAUUCAUUGUGUAUGAUGUCGAUCAAAUUCAGCUCAAGUAUCUCGUCCGUGUCAAAAUGCACCAUGCUCGUCAUCUUUAA